UUCAUUUUAUGCUAAAAGCUGUCAAAAGCUGUGGUUAAAAGUCAUCAGAGUGAAACAUCUCCCCAUAAAGGAUGGUUUAGGCUCCAGCAGAGUGGGUGCUCCUCUCUCUAUAGACAAUCUCUGGGUGUUUUUUCUCUCAGUGAAAACAAGCUAGCAGUGCCCCAUAAGAAAAGGCCUGGAGAACCUCAGGAAUACGCUGUGUGGCUCUGAAAUGUGUGAGCCUGAGGAAACGUUCAUCUCUUUUUAUCGGAGAUCCUGCUGAGGAGGAGACGUCUGAGGAGUUUUCUACUCAACGGCUUCUCUCAGCGGGCCAUGGAGCAGGACAAGCCGUGGGCGCUGAUCUCAGAGGUUGGAGGUGUUUCUCAGAUGAUGGAGAUGUUUUGUGUCCUUCCUCGCCAGGCCAUGGAGCAGGACAAGCCGUGGGCGCUGAUCUCAGAGGUCGGAGGGGACUGUGGUCUCCUGGAGGAUCAUCUGGACAUCGUGAAGCGUCACUUCCAGGUGCUCUGCUACCAGGACCUCCUGCAGAACCCGGAGCUGCACGGCCCUAAGGUCCAGGCCCUGCUGAUGUGGAGGUACUACCCCGAAGCCCGGCCGGCCCUGCUCCGGAUGCUGCCCUCCCUGAAGGUGGUGUCCAGCGGAGGAGCCGGCGUCGACCACCUGGACGUCGCCUUCAUCAACGGCCUCGGGGCCAAGGUCUCCAACACGCCGGGCGUGGUGUCCCGGGCCACCGCUGAUCUGGCCAUGGGGCUGCUGCUGGCGUCGGCCCGGAGGAUCCUGGAGGGUCAUCGGGUCGCCAGAGACCCCGAGACGAGGCGCAUCCCUCUGAACCUGCAGGGAGCCGACGUCUCCGGGGCGACGCUGGGCAUCGUGGGGAUGGGAGACACCGGCUUCAAGAUCGCCCAGAGAGGCCACGGCUUCGAGAUGGACGUCCUCUACCACAACAGGAACAGGAGGAGUUUGGAGGACGAGCAGGCGGUCGGAGCGACGUUCUGCCAGAAGCUGGACGAGCUGCUGACGAGGUCGGACUUUGUGGUUUUGGCGGUGAGGUUGACCUCGGAGACGGCCGGACUGAUCGGAACCAGAGAGCUGGAGCUGAUGAAGCCGACGGCGACGCUGGUCAACAUCAGCAGAGGCCAGGUGGUGGAUCAGGACGCUCUGGUCCAAGCUCUGCGGUCAGGAACCAUCAGGGCUGCAGCUCUGGACGUGACUCAUCCUGAACCUUUACCCAGGGAUCAUCCUCUGUUCGGCCUCCCCAACGUCCUCAUCACCCCCCAUGUGGGCGCCAACACCUCCAGCACCGCCGGCAGGAUGGUGGAGAUGAUGGUGGAGAGCGCUGUGGCAGCCAUCAGAGGCUUACCGGUUCCCUACGAAGUCAAACCCAAGUGAUCAACGCUGAAAUCACCUGAAUGCCUCGUGGGCAGGUCUUAGAUAGGAUAUGAACACAAGUUAGAAUGCUUUUGAAGAGUUUGAUCAGGCCUCUGACUGCAGAUUAUUACUAAAAUCUUGUAGAAUUAAACAGUAAAAAGAAUGAUUUCAUGAUUUUACACACACUGACUGUGAAACCUGUGAUUAAAACCUCAGUUUCUGGCAGUGAACUUGGUGGUAUUUAGUCUAAAACCUCUUUAAUCCAGACAAAAUGUGGUUCCAGCAUCAGUGUGGAGCGUUAUUCUACUGAUUUAUUCAGCUGUGCAGUGAAAGAUGGACUAUUGAUCGUUGUCUUACUGCUCUGGAAGGAGAAAUAUGUGCAAUGUUUCAUAUAAAACGCCAUAAAUAUGGAUUUAUACAGGCUUCAAACAGUCAUGUACAUUAAUGUAAAACCAUGCUGACUGCUGUAACAUGCAUGUGGAAAUAUAUUAUGUUUUAAGGGUAGAAGAAGUCUGCUGUCAUUUUAAUAUAAAAUCUACAAGACAAAUGAUA